AUGCCGGCGACGCGGCACGCUUCGCAGUCAGAGACGGCGUCCCGCGCAGUCAGCGAGUGGGAGUACGAGAAUGAGGUCGAGGCCUUCGACCCCAACCACCAUCGUUACUUGUGCUGCUGCGGCCACGCCCACUCGAUGGUCAGGGAAGUUGAAUAACCAAAAUAAAAAUAAUCAUGGGCUCUAAAUUGAAAAAUCUUUCUGGAAGCUCAAAAAAAUCGAUGUCAGUUUAAAUUUCAAUCAGAGAGUAAAUAUUUAUUGAGAAAAUUUACGGCAUUAGCCAGAAAGUGCGUUAAAAAAGUAUUUUCACAUUUUUUUUUGUACAUUUCCUUCAGUAAAUGUAGGAAAAACGCUUUGACCAUAGAUCCUUUUUGGAAACUCUAACCCCAGAUACCUCGCUAACUAAAAUUUAAAAAAAAAGAUUGCAGACGGGAAUGCGCAUAGUGGCAGGGAUGCUUUGCGUCACGGUUCUUUUCGAAGUCUGGCAGCUCAUCGUGACAAUUUUCGCCGCUGGACACGGUGGUAUUGAUCGAGUCAGCGUUUACCUUUGUCGAUUAUCAAAAUAAUUCUUCCUUUUUUUUUAAAGACUGGUUUUCAAUUUUUCAUGCCCAAGCUGUUUCAGUAUCAAACAAUGACGACGGCAGCCCGAUUUUUGAUUGGCGCUGCGAUCGCUGGCUCCGUUCUUUGGGCUAUCCUGUCGCAACGGGCAGAGAUGCUCAUCCCUUAUUUACUUCUACAAGUUUUCUUUAACCUUUCCAAUUUUUUAUUGAAACUUCGAAGAAAAUAUAAAACUAAUAUUUUCGCUUUCAUCACGUUAUCAUAAAUGAUGACGACAGGGUGCUGGUCUUGCCGUGGGACUUGUCUUCUUCGUGUCGUUCCUGUACAUCGCUUUGUUCGGAGACCGAAAAGUCGGCAUCACGGUUCUGCGCUCUUACGGCGGCAUAAUGGCGGCCGGCAAGGGCGACGACGCCACGUACCUCAGUGAGGUACCUUUCUGAAUCCUGCAACUGAGCCUGUUUGAGACUACGCCGCAUGGCUCAUGGCUGGAUCCUUCGCCAUCGUCAUCUUCUUGCAGGUCUGGCUCAUGGGCAUCGUCGUCGCUUGUUGGCGAUACCUCAGGUUUUGUUUAUCUUUCUUAUCAGAAUUGACUUUUUUUUUUCUCCAAGAAAUGGUUCUUAUGUAGUCACUUCCGCUCAAAAAUUAAAUUUACUAUUUUUUUAAACAACUGAAAAAAAGCUUUUGAAAAAUAACCUGAGUUCUCAUUCGAUCUUUUUCUUAAAAAGCGGCAGCUUGAAAAAAAUUCAAUAUAUUUUUUUAACACAAUCUCGGAUAAAUUCAAAAAUUGCGUUUCUGGCGCUUAGCUCAAUGAAACGAAAUAGAGAUUAUAGUCAUAAGAUCUUUCCGAACUUAGUUGCGCUUCAGAGACAAAAGAGCCCUAUUCACGACAAAUGCCGAGUACACGCCAUACGUUGUGCUGAAGCCGGUAAAAAAGAUGCAGGUAGACUUCUUUAACUACAACUGAAACAGAAAUUGUUCAGCUACUGACUGAGAUGCGGCUGUCACUGUCGGCCGAGGCUCUCGGAGCAGCCUCAAGCGCUAAGAAAAAGAGAAAAGUGAACGGAAGGUCCGCCUCGGCCACUCUCGAUCUUUGA